CAAUAUACAGGGUAGGGGAGGUAGCGAGUGGAGUUUGCCACUCUCUCGACCUUGAGCUCUAUAUUUUCGUAUAAAAUAAAAUUCAGAACACGAGCGUUAUCGUCUUCUUCGUUCCCAAACUUUGCCCCUUUGGAUUUAGGAAAAGUGGAAAGAUGCCUCUCAAGCUAUCCGACGCCACCAUCUCCACCUUCGACAGUGCGUUUGAGAAAUUCAAAGCAGAAGCUCCAAACAACAAAGCCAAUUUCAUCCUCUUCUUGGCUGACAAGGACCCUUCUACCUCUCUCAGCUGGUGCCCUGAUUGUGUGAGAGCUGAACCUGUAAUCUACAAAAAGCUAGAAGCUACACCAGAUGAUGUUGCACUUUUGAGAGCAUAUGUCGGAGAUAGGCCAACAUGGAGGAACGCACAUCACCCAUGGAGAGUAGACUCAAGGUUUAAGCUGACCGGAGUUCCAACACUAAUCCGCUGGGAAAAUGAUGCGAUCAAGGGUCGGCUCGAAGACCAUGAAGCGCAUGUUGAAAACAAAAUCAAUGCGCUUCUUGCUGGAAAUUAAGUUUGUAUCAUUUGAAUAUCUAAGAUGGUUGAAUUUCUUGGAUGCCUUAUGACUUGUUAGACUAAUGGCCGUACUUGCAUUCUGCAUACUAUAAUAAUAGUAACAAGAAAUAAUGUCAAGACUUACCGGCAAA